AGUCGAUCAAGUACCGGGACCAUGUCAACCAAAGCAGAUUACGAACACCGGGAAUCCGAUGAAUUCCUCCUCAAGCGGGAUCAAUACACUAACGAGGACCGUUCUUCCCGGCGAUGGGCUUGCUUGCGCCCGUUGCUCUAUGUCGGAGUGGUCAUUGUUGGCUUCGUCGAGAUCAUCGUCCUGUUAGUGUACUUGGUUGAAACAAGCAAACAGCCACCACUCCGCGAUCUGAAUGGAUUGGUGCCGGACUUCCCUACGCAUCAAGUGUUGUUUCGCCUCGACCCCAUGGCUGUGUCAGACCAUGUCACAGAGAGUUCGAAAGCGGCGACCAAGGAGAAUUGGCUGUCGUAUAUGCCUCGUGGCAAUGGAUUUAUUGCGGUCAACGAGACCGACCAGCUCGAAUACGUCUUGUCUCCGCCGAUCGAAAAGUUCGGGAAGAACCUCUACGCGGUGGCUGUCUUCCACCAGAUGCACUGCUUGUACGCGAUCAUGUCUGCUUACGACGACCUCGUCGCCGGCACCUCUUCGAACAAAGCCCGAGACGCGGAUGAGCAUGACCAUCUGCAUCAUCUGCAACAUACCGAGGACCCCACCGAAGGCCCCCAUGGGCACGUGAACCAUUGUUUUCAGUACUUGCGGGAGUCGCUGUUGUGCUGCGGGGACACCGCUUUGGAGGGCCAGGGCCAGAGGACGCAGCCCGGAACAGACGGGACAGGGGCGGUGCACGAGUGCAAGGAUUUUGACGCCAUCAUGGCGUGGGCGGAUGAGAGGCGGAUCAUGGAUGGUAAGCAUCCGUGA